CUUUCCCCCUCUGCAGCGUGCCUUGUAUGCACCGUGCAUAACUUCAACACUCCGACACACACUUUCACAGUGCGAUCUGGACUCUACAUUGAACAGAUUAUCGGACCGGUAUCGUUAAUCAUGGAUGUUAAAUACUUGGCGGUUAUGGCUAUGCUCGCUGUGGCGACAUACGCUCCUUUCUCACAAGCUAAACCCAUCAGUCUGGUGGAGAGGUGUUGGUGUCGUUCUACAGUCAACACCGUCCCCCAGCGCAACAUCCGAGAACUGAAGUUCCUACACACACCCAACUGCCCCUUCCAAGUGAUUGCCAAGCUGAAGAACCACAAGGAGGUUUGUAUCAACCCUGAGACCAAGUGGCUGCAGCAGUACCUGAAUAACGCCCUCAACAAGAUGAAGAAAUCCAAGCAGACCAACUAGAGAGCCCGCAGGAAGACCAACAGAUAUGUAACAUGAGACGUGUAGCUUGUAAUAUGUAACAUGUACUCUCCCGUCACGCACGCUGAACAGCACUUAUCCUGUCCAUCGCGGAACCAUCCAACCCACGGCUUUCCAAAACCACCACCCCUGUUACCAUCACCACCUGCACCCCUUAUAGACUCCACCCCUGCUAGUGCCAAGUGCAAUUAUAUCUGUGUGAGUGUAUGUUUUUAUCAAUUAUGUAUAUACCAUUUUUUCUUAUACUAUUUCAUCAGUAAAGAGCAAUUUUUUGUUGCUGUUUUGGCCACUGGCUUCUCUGUCAUUCAGGAGUUAGGACUGGGCUUAAAGUAGGCAUUGAUGGGGCUGAGAUGGUGAGAGAGGAAGGAUUCAUGACAGGAUUCAAGCCUCAAUCCAACUUUAUCAGCUUGUUCUGGGGAGUGUACAAGGUUCAACAGUACAUUCUGGGAAAGAUCCAAGGGGCAUGGAGGUGUUCACACAUGCAUGGCAGAGCCACUAGAACAUACUACCCUUAGCCCUCCCCCUCGUUUUCGAGUGUCCCUCGGUGGGGGAGUGGCACUCAAAUGGAGCAACUAGUGGUAGGGAGAGCUAUAAUAACACUUGGGAAUGGGACAUCGCUACAUCACUUGCGCACAUCAGAAACGGCCACGGGCACCACGUAAUUCAUUGAUGAUGAACCUUGUGUUUUUCAGAAUGCCUAUACUGGCUGCAG